GAUGGCCUGCGUGCGAGAUCAUUCGUGAUUGUGGUGCAAAUUUUGUAGAUAAAAUCUAUUCAAAAUGGAAGGAAACAAGUAAUGCUAUGUUUUUGCCCAUCCGGUUCGACAUCAACAAACUAUCAUAUUUUCGGUUGCGUUGCGUUUAUUGGUCUCGACGAAAAAUUGGGCCUAUUUGUUUGACCUUGCUUAUUUUCAACUCUUGCACGUUCACCCUGCCACACGCUUGCACUUUGAAUGAGUUGUUCAAUUUUUAGUUAUAUAAAUAUAUAAUUUUAAACUCACACCUAAAAACUGUGCACAAAACAAAACAAAAAACGUGAAUAGUAAAAACUCAAUCUUCAGACUUGAAUAAAAUGAUUUUAUUCCUAGUACUGGCUGUAGGCAAGAUAAAUGUAACCUAAACUUUAUAGAAGAAUGUGUUUUGGCAGGUGACAUUUUUGUAAUUGUGGUUUAUGUUUACAUUAGCCUGUCUAAUAAAUAAAAUAAAAUAAAAUGUUGCUAUCACUAAGCAACGAACAUAAGGAACAUUUGCAAUUACUAAUUAACCAACCUGAACGUGUAAUACUGGAUUUUUGCAAAUUGGCAGGAGAAUUUCUACAGAAUGGAAUAAAUCAAAAGAAGUACUUAACAGCUGCUCAAAAAUUAGAUGUGGGCAUAGAUACGAUUCAAAACUGUAUUUUUGGCAUUAUAAACUUGCUGUUAUUAGGAUGCAAAAAUGAAGUAGGCUAUAACUUUUUUAAACAUUUGUUUAUUCAGGUACAGAUUUUUCCAAGCAAUGUGGUACCAAAAACUAGGUUAAGUGAGCAAGAUUUUCGGGAUUCUAUUCUCAGUCUUGGCUUCACAGAAGAAAUUCAAGCAGUGCUGAGCAAGUUUUAUCAAGCAAAACAACAUGAAAUUAAGGAAUUAAGCAGAUAUAAAAUUAAUGAGCCCCAUUAUCAUGACCUGCAGUGGCGUUUUGAAGUGCAGUUAUCCUCAAGGUGUCUAAGGAAUCAAAUAACCCCUUUGAUCACAAUGGAUUUAAUACUGAAAACACAAAGUGAUGAUUCGCAGCAGAUCACUCAUAAUUUAUUACAGACUGACCCAACAAACUUGGUGCACCUCUGUAACGAAUUAGAAAAUGCCUUGGUGGAAUCCAAGAGCCUUCAUUCAAGAAAAAUUCAGAGAGCAUUAUCCAAUCUGCAGCAAUAAUUGAUAUUAUAGAAAAUUGAGAUAUUUAUUAAUAAAAAAUAAUAAAAAGGGUUCUGU